AUGGUAGUGGAGCAGAUGGAGAGAAACAGACAAUUGCAGGAGGAAGACACGCACUUCGAUGCGGAUGUUGUAGAGUUCAUCACGCAGCUGCAGCAGCAGCAUGGAUCUCUCGAGCCGUUCCUGCAGCAGCAGCUACUUCUGCAAGGAGCGCAUAUGGAACAGCAGGAGAGUCUGACAAACCUGAAGCGCAUGCACGAUGAACUCAGCAGACGCAUGGAGGAGAGCUGUGCUCGAGCGGCCGAUUUGGAGGGACAGCUGGCCUUGGCUUACGAGAAACGCAGUCGAAAGGAUGGCAGGAGCAGCUCGCUGCUUCGGAGCAGCAGUUGGCAAACCUGCAGCAAGAGAGGGCAGAAGGCGCUUCUGGAGGAGCCGCAGGAGCGGCUGGCGGCCGCAUCUGAGCGCGAAGCACCAGCCAGUGCUGCCAGAGCAGAAGGCGCUUCCGGAGGAGCUGUUGCGCGAGCAAUGCUUACGAACGAGCAGCUGCAGCAGGAGCUGCAGCACCAUCAAGAACAACAGAACCAGGUGGAGAUUGUCCUGAAGGAGAAGCAGGAUGCUUUGGACAG